AUGCCGAUUCUGAGUGAAGAGGACCUGGAACGGUUCCGCACCAAGGUUUGUUCCAUGGCUGCUUCGAUGCGGUGCGACUUUGGAGUGGAGCGCUGCAACUACUCGCAUAACGUCUACUGGGCGCGUCGGUGCCCAUUCUACUUGCGUGACUCGACCAUCCUGCGCUACAUUCCUGCAAUAUGCCCUGACGUUGAGCUUGGACCUGGAACCACGAUCCUGAAGAAUACAUGCCCACGAGGGAACAACUGCGCCUUUGCACACUCGCUUGAGGAGAUGCACUACCACCCGCUCGUGUACAAAACCGAGAUAUGUGACGACUAUCGGGAGGGCAGCUGCAGGACCUACUACUGCCACAAGGUACACGGGCUGGCUGAGUACCGCAUUCCGCGUGAAUACGUGUUACCGCGGAAGCGCGGGCUGCCCAUCCCGGAGUUCAAGCAUGUGACGAUAGUGGACAACGUGCGCGGAUUCCAAAGUGGUGUCAGCAGCUGUGGGCACCUGAAGGAUAAGAAUCGGCUUGGCCGCAUACAUGAAGGCCAUAGGGGCGCCCUUUACGGGGCAUUUUCGCAGAUCAACCAGCACAGCAUGUUGACCAGCAGCCCCGACUCCAUGUUACAAACGUAUCCAACGCAUUCGCAAGGGAUGGAUCCGAGUCAUCAACUGUCGAGAUGGCAAAGCUAUAAUCCUCGCAGCACGUCGUACAUCGACCAGAGCCACUCUUUCGGUCAAGCUUCGAUGAGUCAACGUUCGCCUGUACGCUCUCAAGACAGGAAUGCGCUAUUACUGGACCGUUUCUGCAGAUCUAACGAAGAGCUGCUGAGUUCAUUCCCAAUGGAUCCCACUGCAACUGAAAGCUCCGACAAGUUAAACGCCAUGAGGUGGAGUGAGGACAGAUUGGAUCCAACCAUUUCUCCUGAUGGCAAGAACAGACCCCAAUCGUCAGCAUUCCCGAUGCUCUUUGUCGAUGAGCUAUCGGACGUGAAUAUGCAAAACCGAAAUUUGGGCACUGAUGGGAUUCCCACCAGAUCUGAAGGUUACAGCAACCCCCUGGGAGUUACCACCCACGCAGAUGAAUCAUCUGAGCCCAUUGGGCGCAGUUCUAUGCCGUGGUAUGAUCGGAUGUCAUGCGAUGAGUCUAUGUCCACGUCAAAGAAGCCGUUGCCUCCUAGCGCCAUUACCAGCCUGGAUACUAUGUUCCAGCAUUCCAUGAGAGUGCAAGACCCCCGGACAGCAGUGACAAAGACUGAGGGUAGUCCGCUGCGACGCGAGUCUGUGGAGCCGUCGAGCGAAGAGCAUUCAGGGCGUUCUGGUCGACCGAAUGUGGAGCGCAAAGUGGGCGGGUGGAAGGAUGCCUCGUCAGUGCUCCAUGCUUUAUCACUACAGUGCAUGAGCGAGGAGGACGCCCCCGUUAAAUGCAGCGAAUCAAAGGAAGUAAAUGCCAGUUUGUUGGACUACGUAUAUCGCACGGUGGCGCAGCAGUGCCAGCUCAUCGCCGGAAAGUGCGUGCAGAAAGCCGACAACUACGCAAACAUGAACGAGAUAUGCAAGGACACCUAUAACCUGUGGCAGCUACUGUCUAGCAUCCGUGGAAUGCUCUACGAAGGCACUCCCGUUGUCGCCAGUACUACCGCCGAGGAGACAUGCAAAAGCGAGGCUGACGAGGAAACCAGCCACUGGAGCAGCGUCAGCGGCUUCUAUUGCGAGCUGGUGGACUCCGAAGAGGAUGAUUCGUCAUCUGCAAAAUGUAGUGAAGCCGACUAA